AUUUCUUUAAUUAUUUAAAUUAUAAGUAAAGGAAUUCAGUAUUUUUGAUAACUAAUAAAAAUGGUUAAGAUAUGGAUAGCAUUGGUGUCAGCCUUAGUCUUGGUGUCAGCCAAACCUACCGAUGAUUUGGAAACAAUCGCUAAUAAUAUGAUUUCAAAAAUUCCGGCACAUUUUGGUGGAAAGGCUGACACCAAUGCUAUCCAUAUCUUAACCAUUUUUAUUAGUUAUCAAAAAUACUGA